CUGCUGAAGAAAGCAAGUCUCUUACAAUGGACAACAGCAAAUCAUCUAUACAAAAAAAUUUAUCAGUGAAUAAUGUAAGCCCACAAAACAUAGAGAAUAACCCUCCUGUUUCUCAAACCAAAGUGGAGAAGAGGGUGUCCAAGCUUUCUUGUCCCCCUCAGGAAUCACAAUUAAAAAUAAAAACAUGGAAAGAUGGAGGAAAAUUUAAGAAUAAUUCUGAAGAUAAAAGUCUUAUUGUUGACCAAUAUUCUGGCAUUAGAAUUAUGAAUCCACUUGUUAUGCCUGAUGAGAUGAAGCAAAGGAUGCAAAAUCGGAAAAUGAUUAAAAUGACUUACAUUAAAAAUUUUAUAAGAGGAGGUGAUAUUGAAGGUGACUGGGUCACUGUUGGAGUUGUUGUACAAAAAGUUCCUCCCAAGACUUCAAAAAAUGGAAAAACAUUUUCAAUUUGGAAAAUGACUGAUUUGCAUGAUUGUGAUAAGAUAGUAAGUGUUUUCCUGUUUGGAGCAACACAUACUGAACAUUGGAAAACAAGUGUAGGAACAGUUGUAGGGAUAUUAAAUCCUUCCAUCAUGCCCAGCAAGGAAAAUAACGAAAUUAGUCUCUCAGUUGAUAAUCCUAAGAAAUUCAUGAUUAUGGGUACUUCAAAAGACUUUGGACACUGCAAAGCUCCUAGAAAAGAUGGCAGUUCAUGCAAUGUUAUUGUUAACAUUCAGCAAUGUGAAUUUUGCACUUACCAUGUGAAGAAUGAAUACAAGAAAUUUAGCUCCAAGCGUAGUGCUGUGCAAUCUUCGUAUUCUGGAAGAGGAGAACCAUGUUUGAAGAACAAAAUUUUAAAAGGACAAAAUGUUUUCUACGGUGGCCAAAUGUAUACUCCCCCUCCCAACAUUAAGAAAUCUUCUAUCACUACAAGUAAAGAUAAAUUGACUUUAUCAAAUUUGACUUUAAAAAGAAAAGCUGAAGCAGUAGAAACUGACGAACGAGCAAAAAGCAUUCAAAAGAUAUCAGAAAUCUAUGGUCCUGAAGUAGCAAAAGCUGCAUCAAGUAAUUCAGAGUUUAUAAAUACUCAACUGUCAACUCCCAGUGUUGGAUCCAGAAAUUUUCUGCGUUACAUGGUGAAAGAUAUAGAGAAGAAAGAGCAAAAAGUUAGUGUUAUUACUCCUGAGGAACUUUUGAAAAUUCACAAGAAACAGUUUGAAGACAAAGCAUCCCAGCCUAAGCAGAAAACUGACCAAGCAAUUCUGCAGGAUUUAAUGCCAAAGCUGGGCCGAGGGUUGAAUCCAGGACAAAAAAUCAGUUUAAAUGGUCCAUCUCAGAAAGCAUUCAAUGCCCUUACGCCUGAGCAUUAUGCAAAGUUAAAGGCCAUCAAAAAAAUCCAACAGAAUGGUCCACUUAAAAAAAAAGAUCCCAAUUCUGUAAAAACUUCUCCUGAAGGGCUGAAAAAAGUGGAAAGUGUUCUUAAUAAUUCAGUUCACCCAGAGCUAGAUGCAAUGGAUGCAGAUGAAAAAAUUCUUUCACAGCCUAGCAGAUUAGGAAUCAAUUUAGAUCAAGAAAGAAUUAAGGAAAUAAUGAAUAGGAAAUCCAGUCACUCAUAUGAAGUAGAAACGGAAGAAAUUGAAAGAGAAGAGCAAUACUUUAAUCGUCUAGAAAAGAAAGAGCAAAUGGAAGAUAAAAUGGCAUCAACUAUGGAAAUAGUUUGUGAUGUUGUUUCUUGCAAACAAUGUAAAUAUACUGCAGAUCAUGCUGUUGACAGAUGUAAGGCAGAAAAUCAUCCUUUAAAAUGCCACAAAGCAAUUAAGAGGUUUUUCCGUUGUAAAGAUUGCUCUCGUCGCACAUUCUGUUACACCAAGCUGCCUACAAAACCUUGCAGAUCUUGCAGUUCUACAAAUUUUGAAAGGACGGGCAUGCAUCAACCUCGCUCAGGUCCUAAAUUAGGCUCAGAAAAUCUCAGUAUUUGUGGCAAUGACAUGAAAUAUUUGAACAGCUUGCAAAGUGAAAAAUCAUUUCUUCAUAUUUAAUAUUAUUCGAGUGGCAGUUUUAAUGUUUUUUUUUUUUCUUGUUAAAUGUCAUACAAAAUUAUUUAUCAUAUAAAAUCAUUAUAACACAAGUACUAAGCAACAAUGAAGUAGAGAUUUUUAAAAAAAGUCUAUUAUAUCACUUUGAUAUUUUUUAUCUUACUCAUCAGAGUCGACUGUCUGUGCACCUAAGUGAAUAUAU